AUGACACCGGUAAUGCCACCUCAGCCUGCGGCUACGGCUGGUCCUCCUUCGCUUGAGGAAACCAAUGGCUCGGUAGAGGAAAAAGGUCCUCACUGUUGUCGCAAACGGAAGAGAAACCAGCCAAAAUUGCCAAUACUACGGGGUCGUUAUAUCGAGGUUGACGAAAACGAUAUUAUCAGAGAUCUAGGUAUGGAUCCGGACCGUGGACCGGAAAUUUUCGUGACACCAACCUAUAAACAAAACCAUGAAGCCGUCGAAACUCCUCCACGCAAGAUUAGCCAUAAUCCAAUUCAGUGGCGGCUACACAGCGAAGUCGCUAUCGAGGUUAUGGAAUUUAAGCAAGCAAUAGCUCUUCACGAUUUGGUGGACGAGAACAAUGCUCACCUGAUGGUUAUUACUCGAGAUAACGCCAUUAUUCAGGGCCAUAUUGAUCAAGUAAUGGAAAUGCGCGCCACAGUAUGGCAGUCAUGGGACUUUGAUAAGAAGCAGAAGGAAAGAAGGGGAGGUUUGGUCAAUAUCCAUCACGAGUAUAUACCCAUGGACUGGAAGAAAGCGGAACAAUUAAUGAGCAAGGAAUUCCCUGAGACUAGUGAUGGGCCAAUGGUGAUCAUGGAGUUUCGACCAGCAGACCCAUCACCACAAGGAAACUUGAAACCUGGACGCCGAUUAGUACGAGUCAACGACUGA